AUGCCCUUCAAACGACCACUCGACGCUUUUGACAGCCUAGUCUCGUCAACUCCUCCGCGCGGACCCAAGCGACGCGCCCUCAGCUCUGUCCCAUCCUCAUCACCAUGGAACACCCACGCCUCGUCUUCUUCGUUUACCACCCCACGCACAAUACGCAUCUGGAAGGUCCCCUCUGAUUCGCCAUCCAAUCCCUUUGGUCGCAUCAGCCGUAGAGCCAAGCGCACAUCCCUCCCUACGUCAACGUCCUUCUCAAAGCAUGUCGCUCUCCGCAUGCAGCUCGUCUGCCCCAAGGCCGACCCUCGCCAGAGAGCGUCAGCAGGCCGCGAAGGCGUCUUCCGUAUCGUCCAGGUCCCGCUCAGCUAUACCCUUGCGCACCUACGACGCGUUAUCAACUUUGUCUUUGACCCCGCUUCGAAGGACCACAUGAUGGACUCCGCAUACAACCUCAGGCGGGCGUCUCGUGGUCCAGUAGACCUCACACACUUCCUCAACAAGGAUCAGGGAAAGAGCAAGGGCAAAGGGAAGGGCAAAUCUACUCUCCUGGACGUCGACGACGAAGACGACAACCGCCAUACGCCGACAGGCCACCUCUUCGAGGUCAUGAAGCACGUCAUCAUGCACUCCCCACUCACCCGCCCAGGUGAGAUCCGGAGUGGCACGAUGCGGAGAAAGGCUUCGUCUGCCAGGGACCCGUACCACUAUGCCAUCUUGCCCGAUGAUGAGGACGCGCUUCGGCGUGGCCACAAGGAUGGUGCGAGCUCGUGCUGGGUGGCCGAGGAAGACUUCACGGUGCAUAACGUGUGGCCGGCCCCUGGCGACUCCGGAACUUCUUAUGGGAUCAUCUACCACGUUUCCCCUCACGCACAGAUUCACAUCACCCUCAACACAAAGCGCAUACAACCCCGCAAAGGCGCAUCGAACAAGCCCUACGUCUUCCAGGCAUGGGGCGCGCUCGACGUGACCCACCCCGACCCGCUGUCGCCGUCGAACCUCUCGGCGGGCCGGGUCAAUCAACUCCGUUGGAACGGCCAUAACACAUUCGAGCGCUUCCUCGAGGCCGAGGUCGAGGCGCAGCGCCAGUCUGGCGUCUUGCCUUCUGAAGAAGAGGACGAGGAUGAGUUGGAGGAGGAUGAGCUAGCGACAGACCCAGAUUUGUCCUCGGGCACCCUCCCGUGGCUCUCAUCCCCCUCGUCCACACCGCUCAUCACACCGCUCCCGACGAGCGCUCUCUGCCGGCGCCGCGUCGACUUUGCGAACGAGCGGAUGGUCAAGCUCACCAAGGCCGGGAUGCACGAUCUGGAAGAUGACGACGAAUCGGCAGAUAAGGACCGGACCGAUGAACUCGCGGAAGAUGAUGACGACGACUAUGGACGCGAUGCUAAGCGCGUGGUCCCGAAACGGGCACAGAGCGUCGAGGUGGGCGAUUGGUAUGAUGGACCGCUCGAUGACGAAGAGGAGGAGGAAGAGGAGUAUUGCCGGCCGUACGAUCCGUCGAAGUGCCACAACGUACAUGCAUCUGUUGCAUCCAAUUACAACGCACCUGCUUCUGCAUCCUACGUUUCGACUGCGCAUGGGUGUAAAAACGUUGUGACCGGGCGCCGAAGCUGUAGCAGUGUUAUUAGCCCCGCUUUACAACUGGGAUUCUGCGAACGCGUGCUCAAACAAGGCAACAGAGUCAUGGAUAAGCUUGAAGACAUCCCGCAGUAUGUAAAGGACCUCCUAACCCAAGCCAGAGCGGAAGUGGACCACUCCCUUGCACAACUUGAAGAUCCCCAGCUUUCGCGUUACCUCGCCGAAAAAAUUGCCGCGGUCUCUGAUCCGCGUAGUAGUGCCAAGCUCUUUAAGUGGAGUUUCUUGAAAUGCGUCCAUGACAAGAUCAUGGGGUCCGCAUCUACCAGCCGGAAUCGAGAAUGGAACACCUUCAUCACAACGUGCAAGGGAGCCGGUUUCGUAGAGUUGUUGGUAACUAUUGCUGGUACUGAUUCCCGGGCCCAAACAACAUUCAAGACAGUAGAGGAUCUUUUUGAAAUCACACUUCCUUUUAUCGCUUUGGAUACUGUCAAGGCGAUACUAGACGCUGGCAGUAGCUUAGAACGGAACAUGCUGCUUGAUGAACUACUAAACCUUGGCUUCCUGAGUAUUUGCUCGAAGAAUGUACUCCACGGUACCCUAUUUUCAAGACUGUCGGCUGGUAGGAUGCUGCAGUACCUGGCAACCAGAUUCAAUCUUGCUCAAAAGCUUGCUCUGCCCCUCAUUGCUACUCUCCUGGAGAACCUUUGCAUCUCUGCCCUACUCGAUCCGGAGCCAAGCGCCGGGGAACUAAAUACCCCUGGCACGAGCUGGCAACAUCACCUAGACGAUGAGUUCACGAGAGCGACUCGAUGGAACCAGAGCGUCACCACCCGCAGAUACAUGAAUGCUCGCCUUUUCUCUCGUGUUCAGGAAUCCUCCGUCCAGAUCAUUCACGAGAUCGUUUUAGCCUCCUCCGUAAUGGGUCCAAAGAUCUGGCGUGACGUGCUCAGGCAUAAACCUGUUAUCAUCGACCUGCUGCUCGAUUGUGCACUCUUAGAGCGCCCCGUGCACCACCCGGAAUCUAAGUCAGGGGCUCUGGCGUGCGAUACUCUGAGUUCACUCUUCUGCUGGCCUCCAUGGGGUAUCCCAGGCGUGCCAAUGCCGGAUGACCCAGUCUUUGAUUCGAAAGAUCCUAGCUAUGUGUUCCAAACAGUGCGAAUGUUGACGUCAAAAGAGGAGUGGUCGGAGAAGAUCAUUGCUAUCUCUACUCGGCAAGGAGAUGAGGAUGAUGUAGCAGUCAAGCAACUUGAUGACCUGUUUCCCGGGUCACACAAAGAUAAAGUUUUUGAUGAUAUAUCAAAGGUUAAUGCCAAGUCUCGCAUGAAUAUGCUCCGUCUACUUACUGCUCUCACUCAUCUUGCCGACCAUUGCGGCAUGAAGAACGUUGAGAUAGAGUCAUUUCUGCGGAUCUCAUAUGAGGCAGCGGCACACGAGUUGCACACAGGCCACGCUCAUGACGCUCGAGCGGCGGAGAAAUCGUCAUCAUUAUCGACAGGAUUGGGAGGCUUGAACUUCCCGCUUACAAUGGACUUCGUGAGCGCCACUGCUCUCAUGCGCUCGCUUGCUGUUCUUGCUGAGAGAAACACUCUGAAGGGGAUACAGCUGCUUAAAAAGCCACCAAGUGGCUUGUCUCCAACUACAUCUCUGCAGCAGGUCCAGCAGAUAACUCAUCCAGAUAUAAUCCGACGCAUUAUCGCAAUCUGCCUACGCAAGGCGCAGGGAAAGCUCGACGAGGGAAAGCGGCAUCUUUCCACGAACCAUUUGCUAAACACUAGCAAUGCUUGUGCAGCGUUUGGCAAGGGUGCCGAGCUUGCUGCUGCGAUCGUAGCCUUCGACGAUCAUACGGCAAGUGUUUACGCUGGCAGUUGCCUGGGUGCACGUGCGAUCCUUGUAAAGUGUUUGGGAAACUCAGCUUCUCAGUACCUAAGCCAGGAGAUGUGGCGUUCGGCGUACUUCUUUGCGUUGGCAGCUCUCAAGGCAGCAGAAGGUAUUCCGGAAGCCGAAGGUCUGGAUCCUGCUGUCAUUGUCAAGAACAAGCGCCGCGUUCAACAGGCCAAACAAAUCAGAAAGGUUUAUUUCGAGUUCAAUGACUUGCGUAUGUCGCGGAGCUCAGAGUUAUCAGCCGUCGUUGAUGUGGAUACAGAAUUCAAUUGUGUACAAAUAAGGGGUAUUAAGACCGCGCCUCCACCACAACUGCGCAAGCAUCGUUUGAGGAUACGUUCGCUGCGGAGUGAACGGGACACAUCAGUGCGACGCGGUGAGGCCUUGAAGCUUGAGCUUGAGACAGCCUGCCAAGUCGACCGAGGUGUUUCGUACACACUUCCGUCCUCGGGCUGUCCGACGGCGAUUUUGCAGAAGGCUUGGCGAAUGCAACGUGAAGCUUUGAAGAAACCCCGCCUUCCUUCUACGUAUAUCACUCCCCCGCAAGCCAUACAAGUCAAGAUGAUGCUUACAGUCAAGGACGGUAAAGCCAACGCGAGAACGUUUACGGACCAGGACGGUACCUUGCUCUACAAACUGGAUACACCAUGGAAGAAAUGCCUCAGGCUCACGACGAUCGUCAAGGUUGGCGAGCCCAAGGGCGGUCCUGUUCCGGAGACUACUAUUGGCGAGAUCAAGUGGCAUUGGAUACAUCACAAGAUUGUGUUCGAUGGCAAAGAGGAGGACGUAGGCAAGUUCUUCCCUGCUCAUGGGGCUUCUCAGAGGCGAGCAUUUAAGGGUCCCGAUGGUACGGAGUACGAGUGGCGUGUAAGCAAGGACUGCUUCUCAAACGAGAACGCACAGCUUCGCAUCAAAGACAAGGAUAUGCUGAUAGCGAAGUCGUAUCCGCCGAAAAACCUCUUCAAAGAUAGCCAGAGGCUGGAAGUGCACAAGGAAGGUGACGAGAUUCUGGACCUACUCAUAACAACCUUCGCGUUCGUUGACAUGGAGAGGAAGACCAUGCUCGCCGCUACGCAUAACGUUCCUAUCUGA